AUGACAUCCCUCACUGACCCAACCAAUGCCACGCGCGCAACCCCAAACAUCCCUUUCGAAAAGGCCUCUCUUCACAUCGGCAGCUCAACCUUCAUAACAGCCCCUUCCCCUAAAGUCUGGGCCGCCCUAACCGACACUUCAACCUGGCCAAGCUGGAAUCCCUUCGUCCCUCACGUAACCAUCCGCUCCCAGCCAACGCAGCCUACACAAACUUCACCUCCAGCACCAGAACCAGCAUCCCAGUCUAAUGCAACCCAAAGCACGCAAUCCCUAUCCCCGCUCUUGCAAAAGGGAACGAGAUUGAUCUUCCAUGUCCGCAUGGACCCAACCUCCACAUCCCCGAAACCUCAAGCUUCAACGGAUGUCAAUAUCAUUGUAACCGAGUACAGCGCUCCCAGCCCUGAAACAGGCGCCGUCGGUCGCAUCGUUUGGACAGCGGACUAUGAUGCACCAGGAACAAUGUCACCGUCUCUGUUGACUGCGGAGAGGGUUCAUGAAGUUACGGAUGUGGAGGGCGGCACGGAGGUGCGGAAUUGGGAGGCGCAGGCUGGGUGGCUUGUUUAUGUGGUCAAGUGGAUGUAUGGGGUGCGGCUGCAGGCAAACUUUGAGCUAUGGGUAAACGGUUUGAAGCAAUUUGUUGAGGCAGGUGCAGGUAGUUCUUGA